AUUAAGGACUUCAGUCUAGUGCUGCGAGUCGACAAGUGUGCGGUCUGUGAUAGUAAGUUCUUCUUGGGGCCCUCGUUGAUUGAGGGCACAAUAAGAAGGAAGUUCAUAACAUAUUGGACAGUGCAGCUGUUAGGUUGAGCGCAGUGAGCAAUUGUAGUGAAAUCAACGUCGUAUGGUACGCGAGACAGAAACGCUCCGAACUGCAUUUGUCCGCCAACAUGCCCGAAAUGGUUGCGUUCUACAGUCCAGAGACGGUUAUUCCGACCACCUCCGAUACUGAACCACGGAAACCGUUGAAGAGAAGAACCAGUGCGCUAAAUACGAUAUUUUACUAUCUCGGCUUAGAGCAGCGAUCCGGCGAGGAUGCCAAAGAAAACCAGUGGAUUCGAAUACUUACAUUUGUCGUUUUGUUUGUUACAUUUAUAACAAGUGGUAUUGGAUUCUUCAUUAUGUGGUUCACUAACAUGUACAACAAUUCUCUACUAGAGAAACUAAUACUUAGUGAAAACUCGACUGCAGCAGAAUGGUGGGAAAACCCACCUGUAUACCCUCUACUUAAGGUGCACGUAUUUAACUACACUAACACUGAAGAUUUUCUUGCUGGCAAAGCAACCAAGCUACAAGUAGAAGACCUCGGACCGUACGUUUACAAAGAAACGGCAAACAAAGUCGAUAUAACUCAUAAUGGAGAUGGAACUAUAUCGUAUCGGGAACAUCGCUACAUUCAAUACCUGCCGGAAGAAUCGAAAGGAAAACCAUUUGAUCAAGUAGUGGUUCCGAACGUGGUGUUCCUUACCGGUGUUUCCAAGAAACGUUCAGAAGGAACGUGGAAUCAGAUCGCAUUUAAUAUGGCCGCUAGCUCUUCCGGCUCAUCGGCGUUCAUCAAGAAACCCGUAGAGUCUAUGCUCUGGGGAUACGAAGACAAAUUGUUGAGUCUGGCCAAGUCAAUGUUUGGUUCCGAUAUUGUGUCGAGUUCCUUCGGCAUGCUUAUGACGCGCAAUGGAACUAGUGCCGAGAAUUUUACAAUCUUCUCCGGAGAAUCUAGCUUAGAAGAUUUGGCCGUCAUCAAACAUCUCGACGGCAAGUCGCGCCUAGAUUUGUGGCACACCGACGAAUGUGAUCGUGUUGGUGGAACCGACGGUUCACAAUUUCCGCCCCAUCUGAUGGAUCGCAAGCACCCGUUACAGGUGUUUAUCAAAUCACUAUGCCGAAAAUUCCCGCUUGUGUACGAUAGUGAGGUAACGGCACUGGAUGGCAUACCGGCGUGGCGAUACAAAAUCCCCAACAAUGUGUUUUCGCAUCCGGACGAGCACAUGCCAAACCACUGCUUCUGCCACCUGGAGUCCGGAUCAUGCCCUCCUAGUGGACUGUUCAACAUAACCGGCUGCUCGAUGGGGGCACCUAUAUUCGCCUCGUUUCCGCAUUUCUACACCGGCGAUCGACAGUUGAUUGAGUCGAUCGAAGGUGUGAACCCUGUACAGGAACAACAUGAAACCUACGCUGACAUCCAUCCCCGGCUGGCUUUUCCGAUUGACGGAGCGUCUCGAUUUCAGAUAAACAUUCAAGUGCAGAAGGCAGCCAUGGUGUCUGGACUUGAAAAAUUCGCCGAAGGUCAAUAUUUACCGGUAAUCUGGCUGGAAGUCGUACCAGGAGUGAUAUCCGACGAUCUGCGGGCUAUGAUUUAUCACAGCACGUACAGUGCCAACGCCAUCCAGAUGUCGCUACGUGUCGGUUCACUAGCAUUCUUUGUUCUAUCAGUCGUCCUGCUGAUUGCCAAAUGCUUCUACAGUACAAGAAGCACGAGUAAAAAGUGACCACAACCCAUUUGCUGCCAACGCACUCGAGCCGAAACGCAAACACUAGUAUCGUACAAACAAAACGGAUUUCGCAAGGAAAUUCCUUUCGAACUAGCCACAUGAAUACUCACAAAUUGGCUGGGCGUCUGUAAUAGUGUAGAAUAGCUAGCAACAGUACGUUAAGUGUUCAGAAUAUCGAUAGCAGGUUGUCUGAUACGCAGCUACAAGCGCCUCGUUAGACGUUUGCUUUAUUAUCUUAAGGUGAGGGAUGGUUCUCAAAGCACCCCUCCUAGCUUGCUAUUUUCCCGCGCUAGUGCGCAUCUAAAUGUGCCAGUUAGUACGAAAUAAGUUAGAAUAUGCAUUACGUAGUGUGCCUGUUUUUUUUGUUACCUUGUAAAUUAGCUUCACCCUUCCCUGCGUCUUAGCCGAUACCUAAAUGCAGUACGAUCAUUCUCCCGCCGGUUCUAGUCGGCGUACGGCGUAUUUUUCUACUGAUCACCGAUAUGCAUGCGCGGGAAAAAUCGUUUUAGAACGUGCUUCGAUGCGCUGCAUUGCUUUUCACUGCAGUGUAGCUGCCGUUUGCAGCCGAUUGUCGAGCUAUUAGCGGACCAGAAUGCUUCAGUGUUGCGUACUACAAAGCCCCGUUCAUUUCACCGCUGAGAACCGUUUGGCGGUGGUCUGAUAAUAGGUAACGAUAAUGGCAGCGCCGUUUGCCGUAAGUGACGUACUUCAAUCAAAGCAAUAAAACAAAUUCGUUGCAGUUGUGUGGAUAUAAA